AUGCUCACCAAACCCCUCUUUCUCCUCGGUCAUCUCCUUUCUCUCUUUCCGCCAACAUUCUCGCACCCGAUAGUCAACCCUCCAACCCUCGACGCGAUCUCCUCCUCCUCCCAGCCGGCAUGUGACUGCACCGGCGUCGUCGGUCAAGGCCUCCCGUACAUCUCUUACGUCUGCGACAACGAGAACCUUGGAUAUACCUCGAUCCCCGCUAGUCUUCCCGCCAACCUCUUCGACUCUUACGACCGCCUAGGCGGCUCGUCGCCGCUGCAGUACAUCAUGCAGAACCACAUCGGCGCGCCGGGCUUGGACGGUUGGUUGUGGCCAUCAGGGCUAGGGUACCUAGGACCGGCUGCAUACGAAAUUGUGCCAGUAGGGACGGCGUUGGAUUUGUUGGGUGAUCCUACUUAUGCCGACCCAUACAUCUCCCACCCCCAGGCCUUCCCCUCAAACACCACUUUCGCGGCACGCUCGCUCCCCCCCGCCUUCAUAUCUCCAAAUAAUUAUCACAAUUAUACAGUCGCGCAGCCUUUCCAGGCGAUCGUCGGGGUGAGGGGAGCUUUUUUCGGACAGCCGGGCGGAGGGACGCAGUAUCUGCUACCUGUGGGCAUUACAUGGGAUAGUUUGGUGAAGAAUGGCACGUUAAUUGAGAUGGGUGUGGGUGUGGUGACUACGAGGGCUAUAGCCGGGAAUGGAGUGGGUGUAGGGCAGAGUACUGGGUAUCAGGAGAGCGAUGUGCCAUUUUCAGGGACGUCACUUUGUGGAUGA